AUGGAUGGUCAAUCCGAAAGGACCAUUCAGACUUUGCAGGAUAUGCUACGAGCUUCUGUCAUUGACUUUACUGGGAGUUGGGAUAGACACUUACCGUUGGUGGAGUUUGCUUAUAACAAUAGCUUUCAGUAUAGUAUAGGGAUGGCACCAUACAAGCUCUGUAUGGGAGAAAGUGUUGAACUCCACUUUGCUGGGAUGAAGUUUGCAAAGCGAGAAAAGCUCAAUUCGAGAUACAGUGGACCUUUUCAUAUUAUUGAAAGAAUUGGGCCAGUGGCGUAUAGACUAGAGUUACCUCUGGAGUUGGAUCGGAUUCAUAAUGUUUUUCACGUCUCAAUGCUAAAGAAGUAUGUACCCGAUCCCUCCCAUAUCCUCGAGAUACCUCCAAUUGAGUUGCAAGAAGAUUUGAAGUUCGAGGUGCAACCUGUACGUAUUUUAGACCGAAAAGAUCGAGUGUUGAGGAAAAAGAGUAUUCCAAUGGUUAAGAUGUUGUGGAGAAAUGCUUUCAUGGAGGAAAUGACGUGGGAAGCCGAACAUCAAAUGAGGAACCAAUACCCACAUCUUUUCUCCGAGUUCGGUAAGUGA